CCCACGGCCACGCAAAGGCAACCGAUAAUUGAUAUCGCCCAGAUACGCGUCGUACAUCUCCGCCCUGGCGCAGAGAGAAGAGGGUCAGUUUAGUCAUUUCCAUUUCGAUUAAUCACAAUUAAGAUUCUGACCCAAAUUAGUAUCCUUGAUUAAAUAUUCCUCCAUGGCCUACAUUUUAAUACCCGCACCCAUCAUACAAUCAGUCUCAAUCUCGCGCUUCGAAAACCCAAUUCUGUCCUUCCCUACUUCCUAUAAGAUACGCCGGAAGCCGGCUCCUCCCGGCGUCGGAGCCUUCAAGCGGAGUCGACAGCCGCCAUCGUCGCUGCUGCCUUGUCGGAACAGUCCUAAAGACGACAUGUCUGUCGCCGUUCCCAUGUCGCAAAUGGACGUGGAUGACGAGUCAUUGCCUAAUUCUCGGAGUGGUAAUGACAGAGAAGGAUUGCUUCCGUAUAAUGGUAAAAGUACUGCUCAUAAGAAGUAUUUCUCGAGCACCAUUAAAAUUUUUGGGGUGGACCUAUCUCCAGAUAAUGUGGCUGUCGCCAUGGUUUAUUUUGUUCAAGGGGUUUUAGGCCUAGCAAGGCUUGCGGUCAGUUUUUACUUAAAGGAUGAUCUGCACCUAGAUCCUGCAGAGACAGCUGUAGUAUCUGGCUUCUCUGCAUUUCCGUGGCUUGUCAAACCUUUAUAUGGGUUUAUCAGUGAUUCUGUUCCUCUUUUUGGUUAUCGGAGAAGAUCGUACUUGAUUUUAUCAGGACUGCUUGGUGCACUUUCGUGGACUUUAAUGGCCACACUUGUCGAUAGCAAGUAUGGUGCUGCUUUCUGUAUACUCCUUGGAUCGCUUUCCGUAGCAUUCUCAGAUGUUGUUGUAGAUUCCAUGGUAGUUGAGAGGGCUCGUGGUGAAUCCCAAAGUAUGUCAGGAUCUCUUCAGUCCUUAUGUUGGGGGUCUUCAGCUUUUGGUGGAAUAGUGAGUUCCUACUUUAGUGGUUCACUGGUGGAUGCAUAUGGUGUAAGGUUUGUUUUUGGAGUCACGGCUUUGUUGCCAUUGAUAACAUCUGUGGUGGCAGUUCUUGUGAAAGAGCAGCCUGUGAGAGGAAUAAAUCGUCCUUCAGCUAGCUAUAAUUUUCUUGGGAGCUCAAGACAGCACGUUGUUGAAUUGUGGGAUGCUGUUAGUCAACGAAAUGUGUUUCUUCCAACAUUAUUUAUUUUCUUGUGGCAGGCAACACCACAAUCAGAUUCUGCCAUGUUCUUCUUUACCACAAAUAAACUUGGAUUCACUCCCGAAUUUCUAGGGCGUGUCAAGCUUGUUACAUCAAUAGCAUCGCUGCUUGGCGUUGGGCUUUAUAAUGGAUUUCUUAAGAAAGUCCCUCUGAGGAAAAUUUUUCUAGUAACCACCAUUUUUGGCAGUGCACUUGGAAUGAGCCAGGUUCUCCUUGUAACGGGGAUAAAUCGUGAGUGGGGUAUAAGCGACGAGUGGUUUGCGAUUGGGGAUUCGUUGAUUAUAACGGUUCUUGGCCAGGCGUCUUUCAUGCCUGUUCUUGUUCUAGCAGCAAAAUUAUGUCCAGAAGGAAUGGAAGCCACACUUUUUGCAACCCUCAUGUCCAUAUCAAACGGAGGGAGUCUGCUAGGUGGCCUGAUUGGUGCCGGUUUGACACAACUGUUCGGCGUCACCAAAGACUCGUUCCAUAAUCUAUCCACCUUGAUAAUCCUGUGCAACCUUAGUUCACUGUUGCCAUUGCCACUGCUCGGCCUCCUUCCCCAGGAAUCCCCAGACUCAAACUCAGAGACCACUGACAUGGAGUUGAAGUCUAACUAAAACUGUAAUUACUCUUUUAAGCAUUGGCAAAUUCUUCUUUGAGGGAAGAUUGAGGGACGGUAGAUUAUGAUUAGGAUUUAGGAGGUGAAGGAAGGGGCACGUCAGAUAGCUGCCUCUUAACAAUGAAACAAAGACCCCCUAAAUGGGCCCACCUUAAUCCAUAAUAGAGCCCAUCAUGUGGCGAGCUGACUUUGUUCUCCACGUGGGUGGGCCCUAACUCCCUUCGCUUAUCCAAUCUGUGCCCCCAGUUUUGGGAUGGAAGUUUGAUUGAUAUAUGGAAAAAAUAAUUGAGCCAGGGCAGACCACCCCCCACACGGGCACGUUAUUGCUCC